CAUUCUGAAAAGUGUGAAACCUGAUAGCAUCUCACAAAAUGAACGCUUUCGUAGUAGCCUUUGUUUUGUUGGCUGGAGCCCUUGUUCAAGGUGCACCAAGCGUAUACACCACCUCUGGUUGCGGUGGAUUGGAUUGCGGAUUUAAUGGUUACAGUACCGGAUACACCACCGGCUAUACCACUGGAUACGCAAGCCCAGUUACUACUUACUCCUCUCCAGCUACUGCAUACACCACCACCGAUUACGUCAGCACUCCAGUGACUUACACUUCUACCGACUAUGUCAGCACCCCAGUGACCUACACCACCACUGAUUAUGUGGCUACCCCAGUGACCACCACUCACACUGACUACGUCAACACUCCAGUCACCACCACCUACACUGACUACGUCAACACUCCAGUGACAACUUCUUACGUCAGCCAACCAUCUGUAGCCUACGACUAUGUCUCCACCAAUGUUGUAUCUACUCCAGCUGUUGUAUCUUCUCCAGCUGUUGUAUCUACUCCAGUUGUUGCUGACUACGUGAGCGCUCCAGUUGCUACCACCUACGCCACCGCCAGUCCAGUGUACACCACCACUGACUACGUCACCACCAAUGUCGUCAGUGCUCCAGUGACCACCACUUCUUAUGCAACCACCAGCCCAGUCUACACCACCACUGACUAUGUCACUUCCAACGUUGUGGCUGCCCCAGUUGCUACCACUGGAUACACCACCGGAUACGUUGCCAAUGACUACGUCACCACCAAUGUUGUUUCCACUCCAGUUACUGGAUACACCACCGGACAUCUUGCUAAUGACUACGUCACCACCAAUGUUGUUUCCACUCCAGUCACUACUGGAUACACCACUGGCUACACCACCGGCAAUGUAGGAUAUACCACUGGUAAUGUUGGAUACACCACCGGACUCUCUGGUUACACCACCGGAGUUACUGGAUACACCGACGGGCUUAGUGGUUACACCACUGGUAAUUAUGUGAGCUCUCCAGGAUACACCACUUCCGGACUUGUCAACGUUUACUAAGUUUAAAAAAAUAUUUCGGAUUUAUUGAUAACGACCUAUAUUUUCCAAAAAAUGUACAUGAGAAUUGUUGAAAAAAAAUAAAU